UACCCACAGGGAUAUAGGGGUGUAUGGUCUCCUCCUAUAGCUAGGGGGCACUGUGACUCUCUUUUAGGCAGAGAAUCAGCUGGAAGUUGAGGGCGGCGCUUGUUACCACAGAGACGCACAGCUAACGGCUAUACAUAGACGGCGGACGGCGGAGAGUGAGAAAUAUCUCCACAAUGGGGGACGAUUUUGAAUAUUUUAUUGAAGAGCAGAGGGCAAAGCUUGCUCAAGAUAAAGCAAUCCUGGAAAAGGAUCCACCGUACAUGGAAAUUAAGAGCAAGAGAUUUGAGAAUACACAUGAUGGAGAAAGACCAAUGGCCUACGUUUCUAAAGAAAACAUUCCCCCAAAAAGACAGUCGCAGAAAGAAACUGCUCCAGUAAAACAGUCGGAUCCCGGCUAUGGAAUGAGUUUGCCUCUUGGAGAGGACUAUGAGAGGAAAAAGCAUAAACUGAAGGAAGAAUUGCGCCAGGAUUAUCGUAAAUACCUCAAUCAGGGAAAUGCUCAGGUCAAAAGAAAGAAACACUUGAUAAGCACAGGGGAAGUGGACCCAGCCACUCGUGGCCUAUCUCUUCCUAUUGGCGAGAGACUGUCAGGCAAGGAAAGACUGCGCCUUGAGAGAAACCGUGAAUACAAUCAAUUUCUUAGGAUAAAGGACGACGAGCAGGAGACAUACCGUCUUGCUGCAGCAGUACAAUUCAAUCAGAAUGAUAAAACACAAAGCAGGCUGAAGGCACACCAAUACUCCGAAGCGCCAGUAUCCCAUAGAGAUCAGGAUGUUCCCAAGAAGGAUUCUUACUCCUCCAUGCAAGCGUAUGAACAGCUACUCAAUAAAAGGCGAGCUGAGACUGGGAGACCCAGAAGAAGAGACAUUGAAACGGAAACUGAGGAUCCGUUUGUUCGUAGACCAGAAGAAGAUACCAAAGUUUCACAUAAUAAGCCUUGGAGGUCAGAAAUAGAACCUGACAGAAUGGAACGACCCCGAUAUGCUGCUGAAGAUUAUGAAGCAGGUAGAAGACCUUUGAGAUUGAAUUUAGCUCCUGAUAGCAAUGAACCCCUGAGUUAUAGAGGGCGAUAUGAUGAAGAUGUACAUGACAGAAGACCAGUGAGAUACAACCCACCUCGUGAAAGAGUUCUACCUCGGCAUGGAGAUGUUUUAGAGAAACAUGAAUACAUACCAGAUCGUGAAUCAUACUUUCAUAUCGAAAAAGGUGAACGCAGACAUUUCCGAGACAGAGAUCGAGAAACUCCAGUGGAUUAUGAAGAUGAUUUUCGGGAACCGUCAAAUCGAAGACCAAACACUACACUUACAAGGAACAGGCCUAAAGUGGAGAAUCCAGUACAACCCACAGAUCGGUCUAAGUCUGCAUAUACUAAGGAAGGAAACUUUUCCACCAGUCUUUUUCUUGGUGAUUCCAAUCAAGAUGAGGCUCUAAAGAGAAGAAAGGCACGUUAUAGAGAGGAACUUCAGGAGCAAAUGGCAGAACAACAGAGAAACAAAAUAAGGGAGAAAGAGCUGGGGCUGAAAGUUGCAGCAUCUGGAGCAAUAGAUCCUGAGAAGCAGCUAAAUGAAGAAGAGCCGGACAGGCUGAGGCAGUUUGGAGCAAUAAAUCGUCAGCAGGAAAUGCCUGAUAGAAAUGUUUCCUUUCGACCUGGAGUUCUAAUUGACUCAGAGAAGACAAGCAGAAGGGUUGAGAAUAAGCCUGUCUUCGAAGAGAGGGCUCCACCUGAAAGACCAAGAGUGGCUUUUCAGACACCUGUCCCUGAGCCUGCUGUCACUGGAAGUGGAUAUCCUGUAGCCUACAAUCCAGCACAAGAGGAUCUGCACAGAGGAAUAUCCAGCGCACUAGGGGAAAUAGUUGCCCCCAGGAUUGCAGCUGUGCCUCCACCUCAACCGCCAAUCCUGGUAGACGGUUAUCGGACACCUUAUGAUGACGCCUAUUAUUACUAUGGUGCCCGGAAUCCACUGGAUCCAAAUCUAGCCUACUAUCCUGCAGGCAUGAUGGUCACACAGCCAGCUCCAGGUGUCAACAUGCCCUCUAUGUAUCCCAGCCAGGCUCAUCCAGGGGAUUAUGCGAUAGACCGUAAUCAGAAAGCGGUGACUGCAAAAGGGCUCAGUUUAGGCUUGCUUCCAGAGGAAAAUUCUCGACAGAACCGGCAAGUCGCUCAGUCCUAUCAGAAAGAGUUGGAGCAGCAGAUAAGAGAGAAGAAUGAAAAACGCAGAAAUGAGAGGGACGAGCAGGAACGAUAUGAUGCUAAGCUGGAAGCUGAAAUGAAGAGUUACAACCCCUGGGGUAAAGGAGGAGGAGGAGCUCCACUCAGAGACGGAAAGGGAAAUCUUAUCACUGAUCUUAAACGCAUGCAUAAAGAGAAUGAAAAUUCCUAUCAGAAUCCAGAAUUUCAAGCAUUUGAAGACCAGAGGGCUGUUGUAGCAGUGGACACAAGUCUUGCUGAUAAAACAUCCACUGGAAAAAUACAAGGUUUUGCAUUUGCAAAUCCAUCUCAGUUUGCGAGAGGCAGUGUGUUCACUGAGCCCCCCACUGAACAGCAGGUGCACCAACAAGAAUCCUACAAGAAUUUCUUACAGCAACAGAUUGAAGAGAAAAGACGUAAAGAAGAACAGGAGAAAGAACGAAUUCGUCUGGAAGAAGAAAGAGAAGAGAAGCGUCUUGCUGAAGAAAGGGCCAAAAUUCAACGAGAAUAUGAAGAGGAGCAGAAUAAGAAAUUGGUUAAAGAGGAGGAGCAAAGGCAGAAAAAUGAAGAGUUGGUUCGUCUGGCAGGGGAAAGACGCAAAGAAGCUGAAAGAAAAAAAAAAGAAGAGGAGGCAAAACAGGAGGAUGAUUUGAAACGCUUUUAUGAACAGCAGAAAGCAGCCAAUGUGUCUGAAGAGAAAGAGAAGUUUCAGCCAUCAAGGCAGCCAUCUCCUGUUAUCCCUGCCUUACAAAACAAACUACCCUCCCGAACACCGAGACCACCAACUGCUGAGAGUGAAGUGUCCAUCAAAUCUCAUGAUGAGCCCCAGCCUCAUAUAACAUCUCCACCAGUUCCUGCUAGGCGCAAUCCACUUAGAGCUUACGAAGAGAAGAAGAGUGUGAUUGGAGAGCUGUCUGAGCUAAGGAAGCAACUACGCAGCGAGCAGAGACGUUUGGAGGGCCGUUUACAAGAUACUGACAGAGAUGACGAGUCUCUCCCCUCCAGGAGCGGACGGAGGAGGGAGAAAGGCUCCGCGGAUAUUUUUGAUCUGGCCAGGCAGAGGGUUCAGGCUACGGUACGAAGACCUUCAUUAAAGGAACUGGAGAAUGUGAAUUUGCAUAAUAUCCGAGAAUUUAAUGACCUCAAGUACAGAGAUACAGAGACCCGCGAAGGAGUGAGAUUUAUGUACCCUGACCCUCCAAAGGAUGAUAAGUCACUGGAGAUCCAACAGCAAGCCUUGCUUCGAGAACAGCAGAGGAACCUGAACAGAAUGAAAAGGAGGCCAGUGAUGCCUAAAGGUUUUGAGCUGUUCCCUGAAUACAAUCUUCCCACUGCAGUGCUUAAAGAUCCAACAAAAGACCUGCUGAAAACCUCAUUGUUGGAGUCAGAGAGUGCAUUUAUAGGGGAGAAUGGAGAGCCAUACGCUGCCUUUCCUGAGCAGUUUCCUGACCUGCAGGCAUUGUCUACAGCCAGAGAGCGAAGGAGACACCAGCAGCAGACAGUGGACUUUGAUAAUGAGAUCCCUCAUGUGCCGCCACUCCGCUUAAACCAGCCAGACACCUUCUCUGUCAACUCCAUCUCCAGCUUUAAUGUUGAAGAACUGCACAGCAAGAAUGAGGAGCGUCUGAGGAGACUGAAUAACUUUCGGAAGAGCAUAGUGAGCAUAGACGAAGACCCCGAUAUUGGAAAUGCAGAUGACAUCCUUAAACGUUACCCUACAAAGCUUAGUGACAGACCACAUUCUGUGGACACAGUGGCAACAGAGCCAUGGAUGCGCCCUGGCACAUCAGAGACACUUAAGAGGUUUAUGGCUGGCCAGAUGAACCAGGAACAAGCAACCAAUGAAAAUGCCUUAACCUUCAACUGGCAGGGUCUGUCUACUGCUCAUGGGUGACUAUCGGCAGUCUAAGGGCUGAUGUACUAAGCUGAGAUUUGAGACAACCUUUACACUUUCUAGGCUAACCUCUUAUUUCCUGGGUCAGUGACAACAAUGCACAAUAUUUUUUCUGGGAUUUUUUUUUUAGGACUUCUCAGAUCCAGUCCUUAGCACAGCCCUGUGUGUGUGCCUUUUGGAGAUUAAAUGUCCAUCACUGAAGCACUUUCCUCUUGUUUUUGUUGCUGAUGAAUGUUACAAUUGCAGUUAAGGGACAGUCAUUUUCUUAUUUAAGAUAAAUUAUCAGAUAUUUUUGUGAAGAAAAUUUUAGAGGGAAAAUACUCGCAUAGACGAUGAACCUUUUGAUGUUCUUCUAUCCCUUCUGGUGCUGCUACGAAGCAUGUGUACUUUGCUGCAUACCAUCGUUUACUGGAACUCAUGAGCUGUUUUACAUGACAAAGGAAUUGUCUUUCUGUCUUAUCUAGUCCUGACAUUUGUAGGGGUCUGUCGCACAGUCAGCCAAGGUGACCUGACUUUUCUGUACGGCAGGUAAGUCAUACAGUCAUCUUGUCCCCAGUCUGUGGUUUCAUACUGAAGGGGCUUAAAUCAAGUCAAAGUGAGGUACUAAUAAUACUACUUUCACAUAAAUAGUAAAACAAAUCUUCAGAGCAGUGUAGAGUUCAGUGAAAUGUGAUUGAAUGAAUACAGCAUACUGACAGUCCAAACCACACAAGGAUAUGUCAAAACUCAAUUUGCAUUUAAAAAUGCAUAUUUUUUUAAAAAGACAUAAUAUCAUGCAUUUGUUUUUUUAAUAUAUAUUUGUCUGAAGUGCAGCUUUAACUAUAUAUAUAUUUAAGUAUUUUAGCAAACAUUAUGGCAGAUGUUUGCCUGCUUUUGAUCUGUAGAUGCUGAGAUAAGUAUUUCCAGUGAUCAAUAUUUAAGUAGCGUGGUAUCCUUUCACUAUGAUCAGUAUUGUAGAAAGAGACAUUGCGUCUCCUGCUUCUAUUUACACAUUCAUCUUCCAAAGCUGGUCACAUACAUUCAGAUUUUCCUUAGAUGUUAUCUAUUAAAUCAAAAUUGUUACCAAUAGUGCAAGAGUCUACCUGAUUGGGCAAAUACAGUUAUGUUAUAUAUACUAUACAUGCGACUUGUGUGCAGCUUUGUUGAGCAAAAACAAUCACAUUGGCCAAAUCCAAAGUCGUAACAAAGUUGCACUCAUUCAAAGUUGCACUGUAAAGUCGCAAUGGAAAUCCCAUGAUUUUUGAAGUCUCACAAGUGUGAAUGGACUGUAAAGGCUGGUAUAGAAAAUCAUAGCUGUGAAGAGAAUUGGUACUAAAUGACUCAUGUAACCGUUAUCUUUUGUUUAUCACUGCUGUACUCUCUCUUUAAAGUGAACCUGCCAUGUUCCCCGCCAUGUAAAAAACUAACAUCUCAGUCAGUUAUUUUGUAUUGGGAGAGUACACUGGAUGUUGGGCUCAUGAUAUACAGGGUAUAGACAUUUGACAAGCUGAGUUUAUGCCACAUACUCCAUUACAUUGAAGUGGUUGUAAACCCUUACAUACUGUAUACACAGUGAAGUGACUAGCCUCAGGUGACACACAUGAAAUACAUCCUCCUCCAUAAAUUGUAUCUGUUUAUCUUCAGCCCUCUCUUCUCUUCAGCCUCAUGAAGCACACAUUUUACACAAUCUCUGAGCUCUAGAAGGCAGGAGGUGGGGAUUCCAUGUCAUACACUCCACAGAAUAGAGAGGAGAGUGUAAUCCGAGACUUGAGUGGAAGGAAUGGAACACAAAAUCUCUCUCUGUCACAUUAUGCAAAUAGAGGAAAGACUGAGGAGACAGAUCAAGCAAAGUACACACUAUACAGAAUGGUGUGCUUUGUUCAUUUUUCAUAUCAGAGAUUUGCAACCACUUUAAGCUUCACUCCUUGUCAUUUCAAUUUAUUUUACAACAAAUUGACAGAUGAUGUAAAAUCAAACAUAACUUCAGGUUCAGUCCUACCUGUGCUGAUUCUACAAUCUAACAUAAUGGGGAUGAUGUCAUGACAAAAGGAAAGUUUUACUUUGCUAAAAAAGGUAAAUACUAGUUGGGUCUAAUAUACACUAUAAAGAACCUAAAAUAUCAGAUUUCCUUGCCUCAUAUCCAUGAUAAUUAAAGUAUUACUUUUACUUAUUUGGGUAAAACGUAGAGUUGCAAAAGAAAUAUAUUACCAAAUGUACUUACCAAAAAUAUUUUGCCACAAUGCUAAUCUCUAUAAUCCAAAUUUUAUAGGAAAAUUUAAGACAUCCAAUAAACAAAUAAUAUCCCCAAAAAAUGUUAUGCCAAUUAAAAGAUGGAAAGUAUCUGUCCAAUCCAAGAACCAUCUUACAGAGCUCUGCUACCUUGAGAUAAACCCCUUGAUUAUCAGACCUGUCUGUUACAUUGGCAUUAAAUUGUUCAGCCACUUAACAACAGCUGCACGCUUCACUUUGCCACCCUUGGAGCAGUGUCAGCCGCCCACAUAAAUGUCAUUAUACGCAAGGUUUCCAUUACUUAUUUAAAUCAUCUACAGUUAGAUAUAUUAAUAAAUAUCCAGUCAGCCCACCCUGGACCAUAAGUGAAUUUUCUGAUGAAUUCAGCUCCUGUAAUCAAAGAACGCUGGUAUAAGUGAUUUCUAAUAGUCUUUUAUAACCCCACACUUGGAGCCCUACAUGACCCUACAAAUGUGGCAGUGUUUGUAGCCUGGAUUGCAUUCAUCUUUUCAUGUAGCAUAACGUAGUGUGUUCUCAGUUUAUGUAGCAUUGCUUGUGGAUGUGGUUAUACUGCCACCAGAGGUACUCGCCUUCUAUAAGGGAAUGUAUGCUGUACUGAAUCAAUCUUCCUACCAGGUGCCACAACCGCUUUAAAAAGGGCUUCUUGCUGCUUGAGAAUCCAUCUGCUAAUGGCAUUACCUGCAUUGUCAAUAUAUUUUGCUCCCCCUGUCUGUGGUAGGCAGAUGUGUUUUUAUAGAGACAUACUUUGAAACUCUAAGUGCUCUGAAAUCUUGUAAAUCAAGAAAUGUUUGCUAAAAUCCCUGCAGUAUACAAUAUAGAUUGGGAUGGGGAAUGGAGAUCGGAAUUCACGUUUUUAGUUUAAGGCUGGCAUGGCUCUUUAACACUUUCCAGACUAACUUCUUCAGGAGUCUGUCAGUCUGCUUAUAAUACGCGUAUUGCAGAUGUAGCCAUUUAUGAUGAUGAUUCAAUGUUAUUCAUAUCUCCAGAAUAGGACAUUGCUGCAGCAUUAAAUACUGAUAGAUGUAUAUGCUGCACGAGCCAUGCUGGUUAUUAGAAUUCAGUAGUGAAUGGGUUGCCUCAAGCUGCUUAACUCUGCUUUUCAUCACCCAUAGACAUGAGAGGAUGUCAUUCCAAUAAACAGGGAUGUUCACAUUUAUAUUUCACAAGGUGAAACACUAAUGCCUGCCAACCAAUCAGAAUAAGCUCUCACUACUACUA